AUGGACAACAACGCGUUCACCCCCACCAAUGUAUUCUUCCUCUUCCUAAUGCUUUAUCAACUGCUUGUGAAUGCCAAUAGAAGAAGAGAGCGUGAGGAGUUCUACCGGCUCCUCCCAAGACCAGCCGGUCGGGAACUCGGCCCAGAAGGCCCCACUGCCUUCACGAGAGUCCCCACCAGCAACCCGGAUCCGCCCGUCCUCUUUGUCUGUGAAGCCCCAGUCGGAACUUGGUACCCGACUAGGGAAGUCCCCGGGAGCACCGCAGCUGGGGACUCCCAGAUCAUCUCCCAGUUGCUGACUUACUUGAAUUGCCUUCUCCCGCCACCAGGAAUCGCCGUCGUUGGCGCCGAGGGAAGCGAUGGUCCUGCUCCUGGCCCCUCUGGAUCUGGCCCCGAUACAUCACUCGACGGAGAAGAUGGAAACGACGAUCAACCAGGGCCAUCACGCCGUCGCUCCGAGCCGGACACGAGAGACGUUGGAACCGAAACAACGGAAGAGGACCUCCGUCUGGCUCAACUGAUGGAGGAAAACGAGAAACUGAAAAAGGAGAAUGAGGAGAAAGACCAAAAACUGAAAAAGGCCUGCCAAGGGGAUGAUCAGCUCAGCGCUCGCGUUGAUUUGCUGGAAAAACGAAUGGAGAAAGUAGAGAAAGAAAAUAAAGAUAAAGAGAUUGAAAUAAUGAAGAAGGAUAUGGAAAAAAUGAAGAAAGAUAUGGAAUCGAAGUUGGAGGAGAAGGAAGCGGAAAACAAUAAAUUGAAGAAAGAAUUGAAGAAGGCAGAGGAGGAAAAGAAGACGGCCCAGGACGCAAUUAAUGCUAUGGGAGAAAUGGAUAACGAGGAGAUCAAGAAGUUGGACGCGGAUUUGAAGAAGAAGACCGAAGAAAAGAAUGAUUUGGAGGCAAAAAUGAAAGAGAAAUUGGAGGAGGAAAAGAAAAAGACCGAAUCUGCCAAAGCAAAAAUGGAGGAAGAGAGGAAAAAGAAAGAAGCAGCAGAGAGGGAGUUGAAGGAAAUUGAGAACACAGAAAAUGAGGAGAUCAACAAAUUGAAGACUGCGUUGAAAAGAAGCGAGGAUGCGAGGGAGAAGCAGGUCAUGAUGAUGAAAAGGAUACUAGACGAAGAAAGGAGGAAAACCGAGUCCGCCAUCGAAAAAAUGGAGGAAGAAAGGAAAAAGAAAGAAGCAGCAGAGAGGGAGUUGAAGGAAGUUGAGAAGACAGAAAACGAGGAAAUUAAAAAACUGAUGGCUGCGCUUGAAGAGGAGAGGAAAAAGAAUCAAUUUCUCCAGGAUCAAUUGGAUGAAGCCCACAGAAAAAAAGUCCCAAUUGGAACGAGCGACAUGAAAAUCCAGGCAUCAGUUGAGCAAUUGGAUGAAGAAAGCCAGGCAGAUAUAGAAGAAGUCAUCCAGCCGGUCACCUUCGCCAACUACCGGAGCCAGCCACAACUACAGCUGCAACUCCCAAGAGACUCUCCAGUGGAAGAUGUCACUCUUCCUGGAGAACCUGAGGAACGAACGGCUGAGGAGCUCAUGAUGGAGGAAAGCGGACCGGUGGACCCAAAUCGCCCAGAAGAACAGGACACUGAAGAUCUUGAGGGUGCUGAGAACACAAAUACUGGAAUAGUCCAUCAUGUCCAGCCGGACAACUUCUACAAUUAUAGGAACCAGUUUCAAUUUCGAUCUCCACCACAGGCCUCAGGACUCACUCCAGUGGAUCCAGUCGAAGAUGCGGCUCUUCCUGGAGGUAGUGAGGAGCUCUUGGCUGAGGAGAGCGGACCACAAGAGGCACCAAAGCAACGUCGUGGAACAUAUCGGCGUAAGAAGACAGGAGCUGUGGAGCCAUGGAAGCCAACUCGGACAGAAUCGGACAACGUUCGGAAAAUUAAACAACACACGACUCCGCUCGACCCGAACUCUUUCGAGUUUUUGCAAGCUUUUGGAGCAGCCCAAAAGAACUGCCAAGAUUGUCCGCUGUACAGCGACGAAUUCCUUCCAGAUCGGAGAAACCUGUUCAACCCGCAAUUCACUUCCCAAAUUCCCCAAAAAGUGAGCAUGAAACGGGUGACUGCAAAGCGGCUCUUCUUCAAUUAUCGGAAAUCUCAGAAGCACGACAUCAAGAAGACAAAAGAGGAGUGGAAGCAAAUCGAAAGGGAGGAGGGACAAGAGUUCUUCGAUUGGUGCGAAAGAGACAGGAUGCUUUUUGAAGAAUUCAAGCACCAAUUGGAGAGAGGCUUCAUCCGCACCAGAGAAACGGAUGAGUUGGGUGCAGGUGAGGAAGAAGAAGAUGAGGAGGAGGAGGAAAGAGAAGAGAAGAAAACGAGGAAGAGAGGAAGGCCACGCAAGGACAAGAACAAUGACAAUGAGGGCGAACCGGAUGGAAAGAAGUCGAAGAAGGACGAAGCAGGACCAUCGUCUCAAUAA